AUGGUUGAAGAAAUUACAGAUCCAAUGUCGGCUGCUAUGGCAACUACCCAUUUCUGUGAGGAUGUUGAAGUUCAAAUGAUACGGAAUGGAGAUUUGCUUGCUGCCGCUCUUUGCCGAGAUGUACGAAACUGGUGGAAAUCCGAAGACCAGGGCGGGAUAAGUGCCGUAAAUCGAAUCAAAAUGCGGGAGCCUCUGAGAGACAGACUGCUGUCGCAUAUUAAUCUUAAUAGAUUCCCACCUGCGGGCCAAUACGUCGGCGGGUGGCCACAACAGCUGUGGGAAGCCACUCUAGCUAAUAUAGAUGCCAAGGCGUACCUGUAUGGUCUCGUGCAUGGUGGGACUUACAAUGUUCGCGCGUUCAGCUCUUUGAUCGGGGAGACGUUCUUUUCGGAACUAACCCUGAAUGACAAAAGAGGUCACGGAACAGUAUCAUCAAAAGAAUUCGGAGAAUUCAUCGGUAGAUCUAUCGAACAGCUGCAAGUGCGACUUGAUCCCGAAAGGACGUUUUGCUUCUGCACGUCCAAGAAAAAGGUUUACGAUACAGUGGACGAGGCAUUCGAUGAGCAAGAGCUCGGCUGCAGUCUGAUGAAUGGCUCCUCUAGACCGGCAACCGAUCUUCCAAAUGCAAUUUCGACAAUUGACCACGCGUUCGAUUUGCCUGGAAGGAAGCGAUUGCCCGGGCGUAAAAGAAUUGACCAUGUCGCCACAGAAAGAAACGCUGUUCAGAAAGGGGCGCUUGGGGUGCGUUGGGAGAAGGCCCGAACUAACUACAGCAAAAUGCUACCAACCAAAAGAAUGGGCAUCGAGUAAAAAUGGCUGUGCCAAUAUU